AUGGCAACCACUGUGUCCAGCACCACUCCCCCAUCGACUCCCCCUACCAUUGCCCCUUGCCUGGAGCACACCUACUUCUUCUACGGCUCUCUCAUGGACCCUGUCAUUCUUGGAAUUGUUACGGGCACCAAUCGCCCUGUUAUCCUUUAUGAUGCCACCUUACGAGGCUACACUGCGAAGCUGUGGAGCAUGUACCCGGCAAUCGUUCCGGACCCCAACGGGGUCGUCCAGGGCAAGGUCUGGAUCGACGAGGCGGCGAACCCCGGUACGGUGGCGCGGCUGCAGGCCUAUGAGACGAACAACUACGAGGCGCGGGACUGCACCUUUUCGAGCCCCGACGAGGACAAGAUUGGCAAAAGUGGACGGGUUUUCGUAUUUGUCGGGAACCAGGAACAGCUGCGGGAUGGAAAGUUUGAUCUGGAGGCGUUCCAGAAGAGUUACGAGCUUGAGGACUGA